CCCUUUAAAUACCCAUCUCCCUCUUCAUCAAAGGCAAACAAAAAAAACCCUAAUCUCCUCUCUCUCUCUAACUCUCUUAAACUCUCACUCUCCCAACAAAAAUAAAACAAAAUUAUUUCUCUCAGAAGAAAAAAAAUAUGAAAAUGGAGUCAAGCACACCAGACGUAGCCAAAAAACUAUGGCAUAUAGUACGUAUAGCAUUCUUCAUGCUAAGAAAAGGCAUACCAAAGAGCAGAAUAAUGGUGGAUCUCAAUUUGAUGCUGAAACGAGGCAAUAAACUCGCCGGAAAAACAAUAUACAAUCUCAUGCACCACCAUAAUAAUAUUUCUUCGUUAAGUUGCCGAUCAAACGAUGCCCUAAAUUUCAUUUCUCCGAAAGAAUAUGAAUUCAGCUGCAGUAAUAGCCCGGCGAGUUUCUACCCUUUUAUGAAUCUCCACAAGAAAAAACACCACGGUCAUUUACAUUUCCCCAAGUCUUAUAAAUACGACGACGUUUCAACCGUAGCCGCCGUUCAGAAAAUGCUUGAGAUGUUGAACUGUCAUGAUCAGGUGGAGGCGUCGCCUUUGGUUAUGCCUGGGUUUGGUAAGAGUCCGAUGGUGAAACAGUUGAGAAUAACGGACUCGCCUUUUCCGUUGAAAGAUGACGGAGAUGGUCAAGUUGAUAAAGCUGCUGAGGAGUUUAUUAAGAAGUUUUAUAAGGAUUUGAAGUCGCAGAAGAGUACUGGUUCUGUUCUUGAGUCGCCGUAUCAUGGAAUGUGGGCUAGGUAACGGUCACUUGGCGCGUAUAUUUCUGAUUGAUUUUCGGUUGAUUUAUCGGCUUUUUAUUCAAGAAAUCGGGAUGAAAGAUUAACUCAUGGCAAAUGCUCGGUAUAUACAUUGAGCCACGAGUUUAAAAAGAUUACGGUUAAAGAACUAUAAACAUUUCAUAAAACAGUCAACAAUAUUUAAUUUGUUAUAUUUUAUAAUCAAACUUUAAUUUUUACAACAAGUUAUAAUAGAAAUUCAGACCAAUAAUUGCUUAUUUGGCAAUGGUCGCCACAUAAGCAAUAGCUGACAUGAAUUUCUAUGAUAAUCUACUGUUCUUGUAAAAAUAAAAGUUUGAUUAUUAAAAUAUAAUAAAUUAAAUAUUAACUGUUUUAUAAAAGAUUUAUAGUUUGGCAGCGGUAAUUUUUUUUUAUCACUUAGCCGGCUAGCUGGCUAUAUUUGUCACAUUAUUAGAUGUGAAGAUCACAUGAUUAUCAAAUUAGGGCAAGUUCUUCAUGGAUCAUGUGAGAUUUUCUUCAAAUUGUAUGGCAAAUUAGCUUUUUGGCUUAAAUGCCCUAAGAUGAUUAGGUGAAGGUGUUUUAUACAUUCUUGCAUGUACUAUAUCUCCUCUCGUGAAGAGGUUUUUUCAGGAAUGUUUGGUUUCCAUUUAAAUACUUAAUAUCUUUUUUUUUUCA